ACCAUGGAGGCGGCGGGGCAGAGCGGCGCCGCCAUGGCGGCGGCGGAGGAGGACUACGAGGCAGUGCUGUGUGUGAAGCCGGCUGUGCACGUCUACCGCCUGCCGCCGCGGGCCUCCAACCGCGGAUACAGGGCUGCGGAGUGGCAGCUGGAGCAGCCGGCAUGGAGCGGCAGGAUGCGGGUCACAGCCAGGGGCAGCGUCGCCUUCAUCAAACUGGAGGAUAAAACCACGGGAGAGCUUUUCGCCCAGGCACCAGUGGAGCAGUUCCCUGGCAUCGCUGUGGAGAGCGUGACAGACUCCAGCAGAUACUUUGUCAUCCGGGUCGAAGAUGGGAAUGGCCGCCGUGCCUUCAUCGGAGUUGGCUUUGUCGACCGAGGGGAUGCUUUUGACUUCAACGUUGCUCUCCAGGACCACUUUAAGUGGGUGAAGCAGCAGAGCGAGCUGGCCAAGCAGGCUGAGAACCCGGAGCAGGGCCCCAAGCUGGAUCUGGGCUUCAAGGAGGGACAAACCAUCAAACUGAACAUUGCGAACAUGAAGAAAAAGGAAGGAGCAACCGGGACCCCCAGACCCCGGCCUGUGGCUCCUGGGAGCCUGAGCUUGCUCCCACCCCCUCCCGGAGGAAAACUUCCUUCUGGAGAGCGCCCAUCCUCACUCUCCAAUCCUACCCCGCUCCCAGGCACCCCCAUCACAGACUCCCUCUUGUCCUGGCCACAGCCGACUGCUGCUUCCUCUGCCUCCACCAGUGAUGUAUGGGGAGACUUUGCCAAAGCUUCAGGGUCAGCUUCUACCCAGACAAACACAGGCUGGGUUCAGUUCUGACCCCAUCCUCUCAGCUGCUCUUCCCUGCACGGGUGCUGGGAUCACUGGGAUUCCUUCAGGACCAAAGCAGCAGCUUCGGGACACCCUGCUCCUGCCCUUAAAUCCCACCUGGCAUCCAAAUCCUGCAGUAAAUGCCAGGGAGCAAACACACAAGUGCCUUCAAACACUCCACAUCGGUGCUCUCUGUCUUGGGCAGCUUUCCAGCCUGGAUCGCAGGAAACCUCCCGAGGCUUCUCCAUUGGGAAGAACAAGCCAUCAGCUUCAUCACCUCCCCUUGAUAACAGGAGGGGGAGUGAAUGCUCCCAGGUGUAUGUGCUGGAGCUGCUCCAUGUGUAUUUGGGCUGGGAAAGCCCUUCCCUCGGUGGGAGCAUCCUCCUGGAUUCAUCUCCCCUGCACGAUCCUGAUGAAUGCAACGCUGAGCGUCGCCCUGAUCUCUUCUUGAGUGCUUGCCUCCACGGUGCAGGAGGUGGGGAGCUGGACCUCUGCCUUUCCAUGCUGAAAUUCCUCAUUUCUUGCUUGGGGAAGUUCGGUUUUCCCCCUCUUUUUUGGGAAGACACGGUUUUACCUCGUCAGUUUAUGAAGGACAGGACCUUGUUGGUCUCUUUCACAGAGCUGGGCUUAAGAUUUCUCUUUACACAAAUAAAUAUUUUCUUACCUAUUUC